AUGCUCUCUCUAAAAGCUUCGAGGGCAGAUAACUUUUACUAUGGAAGUAUAGAAGAUGAAAAAGAUAAGAAAAAAAAAGAAAAGAAAGAGAAACGAUUGAAUAGAAAAGACUAUGAUGAUAUAAAAUUUGAAGUUCCUUAUACCAUAAUAUGUAAGAAAUGUAAUAAAUAUAUAUAUAAAGGAGAAAGAUUUAAGAGUGAAAGAAGAAAAAUAGGUUUUUAUAUUAACAGUACAUUUUAUUCAUUUUGUAUUGUUUGUAAAAAUUGUUUAAAUGAAAUUGUUUUUGAAACAAAUCCACAAAAUUGUUCAUAUGAUAUUAUACAAGGCGCAAGACAAAAAAAUGAAAAAUAUGAAAAUAUAUUAACUCAUAAAGGAAAGAAAAAUAUUAAUUCUAUAAAUUUUGAAGACAAUAAAAAAAAAAAAAUAAAUCCUUUUUUAUUAUUAGAACAGAAUGUUGUACAAAAUAAAAAGAAAGGACUUUCAGAUUGUACGACGUUUGAAAAUUAUAACCAAUCGAAACAUAUAAUAACAAAUAAUAAUAAAGAAGAUAUUUUUGAAGAGGGAAAAGAAAAUGAUCAAAAAUAUGAUUAUGACAAAAAUUCUGUAGAAAAUGAUACCUAUCCUUUGUCACAACAUAACAAAAAUAUAUUAAUAACAUAUAAAAAAAAUGAGUGUGAACAAAGAGAUAAUAAUUCAGUAGUAAGCAAUGAAGAAUUUAAUAUUAUAUCUCCCCAAAAAAAUGAUGAAGAUUCAAAUACUUCAAGUGAUGAUGAAGAUAUGAAUGAAGUUAUAAAAAAUAAUUACAAAAGAAAUCAUAUCUUGAAAUAUGAUUUUUCAUGCAAUAGUCAUUUAAGAAAACAAUUAAGAAAUAUUAAAAAAGAAGAUAUAAAAAAAAAAGAACAAUGUAAAAAGAAAAAUAUUUUUAUUGAUUUAAUUAAUGAUCCAUUAGAAGACAUAAAAGUAAAACAUUUUGCUCUUUUAAAAGAUAAAUAUAAAAAAAAUAUAACAGACAAAAACAAUACAUUGAAAAAUAACUUGAUAAAAAAAAAAAAAAAUAGCAUAUUUGAUAAACGCUACCUGAAAGAAAAAAAAAAAAAAAUAAAAUAA